AUGGCUACAUCAGAUGAUCGCCGGCGUCAAGUACGUCAGCUCGUCCUUGAAGCUGCCAGAGCACGAACCAAUGAAGCGUUGACGUUGAAGAGCGAGGACUGCAAUAAGGAGCUGUUCGCACCCUUCAGUCCGUCCCCAGUCGCGGUAAUUGAUGCUGUGUGGAGAAAGAUCGAAGACGCUGAAUUGUCUUUGACCGCUGAAGAUCUUCUGGUAGAAUUGGGCUGUGGCGACGGACGCUGGUUGAUCUCGGGGGUCAAACGGUUCAAUUGCAAUGCAUUCGGAGUGGAGCUAGACGAGGCUCUGAUUCGAGUGGACGUGGGAGACGUCAUGGAGACCGACAUUUCCGGUGCCAGGUUGGUUAUCGUCUACGCUUUUGCAGAGUCAUUGCCUGGUAUUGCAGAGCGAUUGACAAACCAGCUGAAGGAGAACGCAAACGUCUUGUCGAUUGGGUUUCGAGUUCCGGGCUGGAAACCGCACUGGAGUGAACGUGAAGGGGGAUUGCGUUGGUAUUUCUAUCGCAUGUGUGAUUGCACUGAAAAACUGCAAAUGUGA